UGUGUUUCUUCCUCAGAAAUGGAGCAAACUCUAUAUUUCAUUCUUCUUCUCAUUGCUCUCUGCUCCGUAUCUGAAUGUGUUCAGCGUCAGUAUCACUUUAUAAACGUGAGGAAGAACUGGACUGAAGCUCAGAGAUACUGCAGAGAGAAUUACACAGAUCUGGCCACCGCUGACAACAUGAACGCCAUGAAUGAGCUGAACAAGUGUGUGAAUGAUAAAGAUGUUCAGAAUGUCUGGAUUGGGCUGCAGAGGAAAUGGCAGUGGUCUUCAGCUGAACCUGCGCUCUAUCUGAACUGGGCUCCUGGACAACCUGAUGGCAAAGAUGAGUGUGCUAUGAUGAGAGAUGGACAAUGGCAUGAUGGGUCAUGUAGGGAUGACAGCCUGACUUUUGUCUGCAAUUCAUCUAAAACGAACACAGGACUCGUCUUUGUCAAUCAGAAGAUGAAUUGGACAAAUGCUCAGAGUCACUGCAAGCAGAAUCACAUUGAUCUGGUCAGUGUGAGGAACCAGAAUGAGAAUCAACAGCUUCAGAAGUUCAUCAGUGAUAGUCACAUAUCUGGUGAUGUCUGGAUCGGUCUGUUCAGAGACUCAUGGCAGUGGUCAGAUCAGAGUAACUAUUCAUUCAGUUACUGGAAGUCUGGUGAACCUAAUAAUGUUGGAGGUAAUGAAAACUGUACAGUGAUCGAACCAAGCACUCAGGGACAAUGGAUAGACAUCUCUUGCAACCAACAAUUUCCUUUUGUGUGUCAUGAAGAUAAACUGAUUCUGAUCAACGAGAAUCUGACGUGGUCUGAAGCUCUGAGAUACUGCAGACAGAAUCAUACGGAUCUGGUCUCGGUUCAUUCAGAAGAGAUUCAGCGUCGUGUGAUGAAUGUGGUUCAUCGGGCGUCUACUGAGGCGGUGUGGUUGGGUUUACGUCACUCCUGCACUGUGGGCCUCUGGUUCUGGGUGAGCGGACAGACCGUGUGCUAUCAGAACUGGGCGAUUGAUGAUUCAGAGAACUGUGAUUCUGCAGUGAGAUCUGGAGCAGUUCAGUCUGGAGGAGAUCAGCGCUGGAUCAGCCGUCCUGAGACUGACAGACUCAACUUCAUCUGCAGCAGAUAUGAAGAGUGAAGGAUACGUUUGUGCUGUUCUUUCAAAACUGGCAAAUCUUCUUCUUUUUUCUUUUUUUUUUACUGUUUUCAUCAGAUAAUAUGCUUAUAUGAAAGUACAAUGAUAAUUUCUGUAUCUGGACAGUAUCAUAUGAGUCUUUUUAAUACCAAUAUAACAUACUUUAAUAUGCAUUUUAAAGACCCCAUGAAAUUAAAAUAAUUUUUAAUCUGUGGCUUUAAGCUACAUUUACAUUUCAAAAUUAUAGUUGUUCUCUUCCAGAAAAAUAAUUCAGUAGCACUUUCUGUGAAGCCUGUAUUUAUAAUGCAUUAUACGAGUCUGAAACGAUUAAGUUUAUAUAAUUUUUAAAUGUUUUAUGUGGGAGAAAUGGUAUGUGGCCAUUUCAUGAUUGUGACUGUAAGUGAUUGUUUGGAUUAUUUUUCACAUGGAAGUAACUACUGUGUAAAUAAAACUUGUUGUUGGAUCACUUUUAUACGGAAGAGGAUUAGG